AUGCAUUUUAUAGACUAUUAUGAAAAAGAAGAAGUUUUAUGGAACACUAAAUUACAAUCUUACAGAAAUAGAGAUGCUAGAGGCGAAGCUAUGAAAAGAAUAGUAUUAGGCAUGAAUAUUGAAGGUUUGUUAUUUUUAUUUGAUUAUGUCUGUAUUUACUUGAUACAUCUAGUUCAACCAAAGAAAAUAAUAAUUUCAUUUUUAAGGUUUAAGACCUGAUCACGUUAUAAGUAAAUUUAAAAAUUUAAAAAGUUCAUAUUGCCAAGAACUGAAAAAAAUUGCAACUAGUAAAAAAUCUGGAACAUCUUUAGAAGAUGUUUAUGUACCACAUGUAGUUUGGUGUACCAAAAUUAACUCAUUUUUAAAACCAUAUAUGACAAUGAGGGAUACAUGCUCAAAUUAUGUAAGUAUAAUAUUAAAAUGUUUAUUUCAAUAAUUAAUUACAAAAAUCAAAUGUGUUGACUUAAUUAAUUUGCAUUUCCAAGAAACAGCUCCUUCCCCGUUGAAAUAUGCACAAUAGUCAUCUCUAAUUUUCUUAGCAUUUGUACAUGCAUUUCUGUAAUUUGUUGGUUGAAAAUCUACGAUGCAACUUUAAUUUUGUCUCCACGAUCCAUUUAUGAUUUCAUAGUUAUAAUCUUCGUGAUCAAUAAGAUCCGGUGGUAAAUAGGCUUGACUUGUUUUUUGUAACCAAUUAUGUAUUGCACAAGCGAGAAAAAAUGUAUCGACUUUAUGAGGUAUAAAUGGGAUUGGUCUUUCGAAAAUUCUAAAUUUGCUCACAAGUAUACCAAAAGCAUUCUCUGAUAUUCUUCUAGUCCUAGAUAAUCUAAAGUUGAAAAUUGCUUGUUCUCUUGUUAAAUUUCUUCUGUUGUACGACCUCAUCAAAUACUUCUUGAGUGGAAAAGCAUCAUCAGCUACAAAAAUAACAUCGUAUUUAGAGUAUUGUUUNUUAAUAGUAAUAAUACUGUACUGGUGUUUAUAGUUCUAAAACUCUGAUCCACGUAUAGGUGGUGCUUUAAUGAGGAUGUGUUUCCCGUCCAUUGCUUCAAUGCAUCUCGGAAAAUUUUAUCUCUUUUGAAAACCUUUUUCUAUUUCAUCCCAUUCAUUUUUUUGUUUUCGGCACAUAAAAAAUUAAAAUUGUAAAAUAUUCAAUUUUCAGGUGAUAUCAAAUUAAAACAAAAGCUGAAGAAUACCAUAUAGAAUUACAACACCUAAUAAAAACAAAACCCCCUAGUUUCCCUCCGUGGAAAACUUACUUUGACAUAAAUCUAGAAAUUUCCGAAUUCAAAAAAGAAAACACCAGUCCUAUUAUGUUCAGAAACGUCUUUCAAAACACAUUACAAAAAUACCCUAACUACAAACAUAUCUACACUGAUGCAUUUAAAACAGACCAAAAAGUUGGAAUAUCUAUAAUAACAGAAAACUCCUCCUCGUCCUACAAACUUCCCCCUGUAUGUUCUAUUUACAUAGCCGAAGCAUUAGCCAUAUUUAAAGCUCUACAAAAUAUAAUCACAAAUAAAGAAACGUCGAACAAGAAAUAUUUAAUUCUAAGUGACUCUCUCUCUCAGCAGCUUAUCUGGCAUAAAUAACCUUACAAAUCCAUCAGAUAUACCCAAACUUAUUCACGAAAAAACCUAUAAAAUAAAUCAAAAAGGAAUAGAAAUAUCCUUCCAAUGGAUACCUGGACACUGUGGAAUUGAUGGCAAUGAAUUAGCAGAUCAAGAAGCAUCCAAAGCAGCCUCAUCUUCCGACACCCAUAUUCUAAAUUUUAGUACCUAUACAGAUUUAAAAAAACUUACACAGAUGAUUCUACUUCAUAAAUGGCAAAAACGCUGGUCAAAACAAAACACCAAAUUAAACGCAAUAAAAAACAAUAUCCAAGUUUGGAAAAACCCCGGCUUAAAUAGGAAAGAUGAAACCAUUAUUAAUCAUCUUCGAAUUGGACAUACCUUCGUAACACACAACCACCUCAUGGCUUGAAAAGAACCCCCCAUAUGUGAAACAUGCGGAGUGGAGUGCACCGUCGAACAUAUAAUCAUUGGUUGUCUCAAACACGCAGACUCAAGAUCCAAAUACUCCAUUCCUUACCAACUUAGUAAAGCUCUACAACCAGACCUCCAAUCAAAUACCAACAUAGUCAACUUUUUAAAGGAUACCAAACUGUACAACCUAAUGUAAGAAUUUUUAUACAAACUGUAAUAUAUUUAAUUAAUUUAAAUUAAUGUACUAUUAUAACUAAUGGCCUCGUAGCCGAUGUUUCUUUUUGUUGCAUAAAAAAAGAAAAAAAAAAUUAAAACAAAAGUAAUGAUAAAGAAAUACUGACUAAGAAAAUCAAGCUAUGUAUGACUUAAAUGAUAGUUCUCGAGUAGAGAACUAAUCUCGAGUAUUAAUGAACUAGAAUCAAAUUUAACAGGACCUGAUAUAAGUAUUAAUGCAAAAAAUACUAAUAAUACAACUAUUAAAAGAAAACUUUUUAAAAGUCCACAAAAAAGAGAUUGGAAUUUGAAAAAAAGAAAAUUUGAGACAUUCAAGUCAAGUUGUAGUGAGACUGACACUGUGUUAGCUGCAGUUAAACAAUUAGAUAGCAUAGUUGAAAGAGCUCAAAAGUUGGCUCAAAAUAGUAAAAGUGAAGACAGUUUUGAUCAAUUUGGAAAAUACAUUGUAUCAGUAUUAAGAGACUAUCACUUAAAAAAUCAUGCUUGUUACAACAAAAGAUGA